AAUCUUAAUGUAGUGAAUACAUUAUGUAUUUUUUUCCAGAAUAUGUCGUCAGAUCCUGCAGUCCCUCCCUCCCAUUCUUGAUAUGAUAAUUCUCCUUCUGUUCUUCAUGCUUAUUUUCUCUAUAUUAGGGUUUUACCUGUUUUCUCAGAUACCUCAAGACACAUAUUUUACAACGAUACAAGACAGCUUCAUCAGUCUAUUUAUUCUGCUCACUACAGCCAACUACCCUGAUGUGAUGAUGCCAGCCUAUGCCCAUAACCAUGGCUAUGCCAUCUUCUUUAUCAUCUACCUAGCACUGGAGCUGUAUUUCCUCAUGAACCUUCUCUUGGCUGUAGUCUAUGACACAUUUUCUAAUCUCCAGAAAAUUAAGUUAAAAAAGUUAUUUUUUCAUAAACGUCUUGGAUGUCGCCAUGCUUUUAGAUUACUUGUUACAAAGCGGAAUAGCAACCAUAUUCAGCUAAAGCACUUUGCUGGAAUGAUGAAACAUUUUAGACCAAAGAAAACAAGACGAGAAAUUUACCUGACCUUUAAGAUCAUCAACUCGUCAAUGUCUGGCACCCUCAGUCUGGACGAAUUCUACAAUAUAUAUGAUACUGUCAGCCUCCAGUGGUCGCCUACAGGUGAGCAAACACAGAUAUGGUCUUCAAAAUUCCGUCCUCCAUGGAACAAGCUGUUUUCAAAACUACACUGGUUCAUCAACUGGAAGUGGUUUGAAGGGUUUGUGUAUUUGGUGAUUGCUGCAAACUUUAUAUGGAUUCUCACAGAAACUAUCCAGUGGUCAGUAAACAAAGUAGAUAUCCGUAAUUAUGAGUUUGAGGCAUCAUGGGUUUCCUUCAUAUUUGUAUGCUUGUACACUGUGGAAGCUAUGUUGAAAAUCCUGGGUAAAGGUCCCCGAGAGUACUUCACAACUGGCUGGGAUGCGUUUGACUUCAUCGUAACAUUUACAUGCGUGAUCGGCGUGAUGGAUGAAUUCUUUGCUGGAACGUUUUAUUUUUUUACCGUCUUGCGUCCAUUCCGCUUACUUAGACUUUUUAAGAUCAAAAAGCGAUAUAGAGAUGUGUUAGGAACAUUCUUUGUACUACUUAACAGAUUACUAAGUUUGAUCGGCGUGAUUGUUUUAGUGUACUACUUCUUCAGCAUCAUAGGCAUGGAGGUAUUCCUUCACGUUGAUCUAAGGAAUUGUUGCAAGAAUACCAGUGUGGAAGAUUUUUACAAGUACAGCAAUGACUCAUUUUUUGAAGGCUACUAUUAUCUGAACAACUUUGAGAACAUUCUAGUUUCAGGUGUCACUUUAUUUGAAUUAACAGUUGUAAAUAACUGGUUCAUAAUUAUGGAAGGAUAUGCUCACCAUGUGGGAGAUUUAUCAAGGAUAUUCUUCAUGAUGUUUUACAUCGUAAUGAUGGUUGUCAUGAAUAUUGUGCUGGCCUUUAUCCUGGAGCUCUUUCUCUUCCGCAUCCAGUAUAGGAGGAAGCUCAAACUGGAAGACAUUGAUGCUCACUCGAAGCAUGUUGAGGAGGUGUCUUUGACUGAGGAGGAAGAGGUGAUGUGUAGUGACCGGCGCUUGGUUUUUACUGGCCAUCAUAUCAACUUACAGAAACUAUACCCAGAUAUACGGACUCCUUUCACAUUUCGAGGAGAAAGGUUCCGAAGGAAAGAUGACUUUAGUCUUCGAAUGUACAGUGAUGAAGUAAAGGGAUGGAUUGAGGAGGAUCGUGUGGAACGAGACGAGACAAUUGAGAGUCUUGGGCGAAUGCGAGUAAGACAGCGAGCCAACGCAUACCUAGAAGAAAAUGUGACCCACAGAGGCAGUGGCGAUCGAUCUAACUCGACAUACAGUAAUGUCAGUCAGUGGGGGGCUGGAGGCACCUCCUCUCCCUGUUGAUGUUUGAGGGGGGAGGUUAAACCUGGUUUAUAGCCUCCUUUGUCACUGGAGAUGGCGGAGUAGCGACACUCUGAUUACCUGUUGAUGUUUGUGGGGGAGGUUAAACCUGGUUUAUAGCCUCCUUUGUCACUGGAGAUGGCGGAGUAGCGACACUCUGAUUACCUGUUGAUGUUUGUGGGGGAGGUUAAACCUGGUUUAUAGCCUCCUUUGUCACUGGAGAUGGCGGAGUAGCGACACUCUGAUUACCUGUUGAUGUUUGAGGGGGGAGGUUAAACCUGGUUUAUAGCCUCCUUUGUCACUGGAGAUGGCGGAGUAGCGACACUCUAAUUACCUGUUGAUGUUUGUGGGGGGAGGUUAAACCUGGUUUAUAGCCUCCAUUGUCACUGGAGAUGGCGGAGUAGCGACACUCUGAUUACCUGUUGAUGUUUGAGGGGGGAGGUUAAACCUGGUUUAUAGCCUCCUUUGUCACUGGAGAUGGCGGAGUAGCGACACUCUGAUUACCUGUUGAUGUUUGAGGGGGGAGGUUAAACCUGGUUUAUAGCCUCCUUUGUCACUGGAGAUGGCGGAGUAGCGACACUCUGAUUACCUGUUGGUGCUUGAGUUGUAGUGUGCUGUCUCCAUUUAGUUUAUAGAUAUGUAGUUGUGUCUGGAACCUAAUCGCCCUUCUUGGGAGGGACAAGGCCUAUAGGAUUUGUAAUUGUAAUUUCUCUGUGAUACAAUUGAAAUUAUCAGGUUCUGUUGAACUUGCGAGUUCAGGG